AUGGGCAUAGCGUCACGACUUCUCCAGCCCUCACAACAUACUUACAAAAAAAUACACUCUAUUUGUUGGCGCCACUAUCCCAUGACCGAACUGAUAUUGAAGCUCUUGAACAUCUUUCAUUCAAUCUUUUUCUAUUAUACCUUUUCCGAGGUGGACUACAGCAUAUUUUUUCUCACUACUACUUUCCACUUCCACUUCCUCAUGUACUUAAUCCUAUUUUUACAACAUCUUUUUUUUUCCCCUAUUCACAUAGGAAAUGUGGAUUUUGGCAAGCGGGAGCGCAACCUGUUCUCCUAA